UCCAGAGUGGAAUCAUAAGCUUUGCUUCAAUUUUUUUUUCUUUUUUAUUCAUUUAAGGCAAGUGAUAAUGAUUAAAAAGUGAGAAAGAAGACAAGCUAGCUCCAAGAGUACCCAUUACUUCCAAAACCUUUGAAGCUAACUGCUCUGCCCUCUGCCCCUCAAUCCGAGGCUAUCACAACCAACCUUUUGCUGAUUUCUAAUCCUAAGCAAGCCCAGGCUCGAUUUUCAAAAGACUCCAUUUUUUUUUUUAAGCAAAGAGAUAAAGAGAGAAAAAGAUAGAGAAGACCCACCUUGGUUCUUGGAUUUUAGGGCUUGAGAGGGAAGAACUUUGAGAUUUGUGUAGAAUUGCAGAGAUUUGAGGUGGGUUCUGAGUUGGGUUUGUAGAGAAGCGUGGAGGGAGAUCUGGGGAAACUUGAAAAGCUAUGGAGCCUCCAAGUGGGUUUCGGGCUUCUUUGUGGAAUUUCAUAUGUUUCUUGCCUUACUUUAUUGGACUUCUUAUUCUGGGUUUUAUCAAAGGUAUCAUUCUCUGGCCGUUGAUAUGCCUUAUUAUGGGAAUUGGAAACUCUGGUAUAAUUUUGGGUCUCUGGCCUGUACACAUUAUCUGGACAAACUAUUCCAUUUUAAGAGCUAAGCGGUUUGUGCCACUCUUGAAGAUUGUAAUCUGCUUAUUCAUUUCUCCUAUACUGAUUUUGUGGCCAAUCUUUGGCAUUCUUGGAAGUAUCGUUAGCGGUGCAGCAUAUGGCCUUCUUGCUCCGAUGUUUGCCACUUUUAAAGCUGUUGGUGAAGGGAAGACCAAUGAAUUCUUCCACUGUCUUUAUGAUGGAACCGUGGAUACUGUCAAAGAGAGCUUUACUGUCGUCAGGGAUGUUUGGGAUGUAUGUUUCCAUUCCUACUUCUCCGCUAUGGAUGACCUACAGCAUCAAGGGCCCAGAGACGUAAAAUAUUUUGAGAUUAGAUUGCUCUAUCUUCCCGGUGCUUUUCUACUUGGGCUUCUUGGUUUCUUGGUUGACUUUCCAGUGAUCUCACUCAUCGCCAUUUGCAAAAGCCCUUACAUGUUGUUCAAAGGGUGGCACCGCCUGUUUCAUGACUGUAUUGGUCGGGAAGGCCCCUUCUUGGAGACCAUUUGUGUACCGUUCGCUGGUCUGGCGAUCCUACUCUGGCCCUUGGCUGUUGCCGGGGCUGUAUUGGGCUCCAUGCUAUCGAGUAUCUUCUUAGGUGCUUAUGCAGCAGUGGUUGUAUAUCAGGAGUCCUCUUUAUGGUUCGGGCUUUGCUAUAUUGUCGCUUCCUUGUCCAUUUAUGAUGAGUACAGCAAUGAUGUUCUUGACAUGCCUGAAGGAUCCUGCUUUCCCAGGCCUCAGUAUCAAAAGAAUGUUGUGUCGUCUGAAACCAGUUCUCGAGCAGUUUCUUUCUCGAGGCCCGACUCUUUCCGAAAUCCUCCCUCUCGCACAGCGUCUAUGCAGUAUCCUAUGGUUGAGUUGAAGGCACUCGAGUUACUCGAUAGCUUUUUUAAAGAGUGUCAACAACAAGGGGAACUAAUGGUUUCUCAAGGACUAAUAACCCUUAAGGACAUCGAAGAUGCUAAGUCUUUUAAAGACAGUGGCAUAGUCAUAAGCAUCGGCUUACCAGCUUAUGUCUUCCUCCAGACAUUAUUACGUUCUGCAAAAGCUAACUCUGCCGGUAUAUUGUUAAAUGACAAUGUAACUGAGAUAACCAGCACAAACCGACCCAAAGAUGUCUUCUUCGAUUGGUUUUUUCAGCCGCUUCUGAUCAUCAAAGACCAAAUCAAAGCGGAGAACCUGUUUGAGGCUGAAGAGGACUACCUAGGCAAAUUGGUUAUGUUCAGUGGGGAUCCCGAAAGGAUGAAAAAUCCAAAUAUUGGCCCGCCACCUGAAUCUGAGCGUAAGCGAGCUGAACUUGACGCGCUUGCUCGAAGACUUCGAGGAAUUACGAAGUCGAUCUCUAGGUAUCCAACGUUCAGGCGUCGUUUUGAGGAUAGUAUUAAGAUGAUGUCUGAAGAACUUGCCAAGAAAAAUGGCAUCAAAUCGACAUCUAAUGGGCGGCAAAAUUUUCCAAGGUCUAGGAGUACGUUUGCUCGGAUAUUUAGCCAGAGAUCAUUUAGAAGCAGAACAAGCAACCGAGGGUCUUAUCGUCAAGAGUCUCAAUCUGUUAGUGAAAGAAGAGAGGUGGAAAAUGUCUGACGGUUGAGAUGUUGAAACAUGUAACGUACGUUCUUUCAAUUGUAAUAUAUCUGUAUCACUUGUUGAUUGAUUGCUACAUUUGUUCAUAUUACAAGCUUUCACAUGAUUGCUUUAUCAUUUGACUGUAGAAAAUACUCGUGUUUUCCCAUUUCUUGGAACCAAAAAAUUAGUUUGGAUUAGGUAUCAUGUAUUUCUUUUUUUUUUAUUUGAUUUGUAUUCCUAAAGAAACCAUGACAUCAAAUUAGAUGUCGAAUUUUAUUUUUUUCUCCCUCGGUUGUUCAA